AAUGAACAUCGGAAGACCUCAACGAUUGGGAUAUUUUUCAUGUCACAUUUGUCCGGACGGUAAAUCGGAAACUUAUCAUGAAGAUAAAUCAUCAUUAACUUACCUGUGUCCAGAUUAUAAUGAGAUUAAAAGAUUUGAUCUAACUAAAGGCUUCGAAGAGAUUAAGAAAUGGGAACGAGUUUUCAGUGAAAAACUUCAUAUCCUUCAAUGGAUUAUUGAAAAUAUCGAUAAAUUGACCGUCGAUUCAAAUUCUGGACUUAUUGGUGAUUUUAUUUGUCACUCAUCUCGAUCAUUGAAAACUUUAAUGGUCAAUUUACUUUACAAUGAAAAUAAAUGGACAAUGAUCGCAGUUAAAGUUAGAGGGGUAAUAAUUUUAAACGAAAUGGACAAUGGUCAGUGUAAGGAAGAUUUUAAGGUUCAUCGGCUUUACGGUCGAUAUGCUGGUUAUAAGCUGUACGAAAUUCUGACCUGUACAUUUACUGGUUCCAAUUUACAAUCGAGCCACGAUAAUGGUAAUCACGAUUCUUUUUAUACGGUAAACAAAUUAAGAAUUAACAAUUUAACUCUAUUGUAUUCUGAUCGAGUUCAUUGUGUUGCCGAUAAAAGUCAAUUCGAUAAACCUUUGGACGAAAUGGAAACUGUUCAAAUCAGAUCGAGACCCAGCAUUUGGAGCAAGGAUUCUUAUCGUUGGUAUUGGAUACAACGAAAGUGCUAUUGGUUAGCCGAAGCUAAAUUCAGUGGUAACGAUAAAAUCAUUUGUGGCCUCAAGGGCAGAAACAAUCAAUUGGAUUACGUUGAAACUUUGAGUGCUAAUCAACUCGAAAAGGAUCAAGAUGAAGACUAUUUUAGUAUCUGUGGUGAUUAUUUUGUCCAACAAUUAAGUUUAAUCAAAUCAAUGGUCAAUGAAGAGUUGGUGCCUUUCAAGAUUACUUGUGAUAAUCGGGCAAACCUUAAUUGUUUCAAGUUAAAUCAGUCGAUUGAACAAUUUAUACCUUCCUGGUUUAUUGAAGGUAAAUUACCAGAAUCGAGUAAUUAUUGAGUUAAUUGUAUUAUUAGUUUGUUUAACUAAAUCAGUUGAUUUUUUCUUCUCAGUAUCAUCAUUAUUUGUUUUAUUUUCCAAUUGGACAAUUAAUUUAAAUGAUAAUUGAGUUAAUUGUUAUUGAAUAAAGUUUAUUCAAUCCACUAUUUUGAGAAGCAAUUAAAUUUCAAUUAGUUAAUCAUUUUAAUGGUAAGAUAAUUAGGUUUUCAUCAUCAUCAUCAUCAAUAUGAUGACAAUUAAUUAUGAAUUAAAGGUAAACAAUUAGCAUUUCAAGUUAAAUUGAUUUCUAAGCUGAUUCAAUAGUUGACAACAAUUAAAAUAAUUUAACUGUAUAAAAGACAUGAUUGAUUUGGUGUAAAUUGUUCAUUAAUUGUUAAUCUCUGAUUGUGAUUGUUUCGUGAAAUCAUCAAAUUAAUAAAAAAAAUGUCUAAAAUUUACUCCAUUGUCUUUUCAUUGUUGAUCGUGUCAAUGAUUAUCUCAACUACUGUGGCUCAACAAGGAUCUGGUGGUGCCGAGAGCGGUGCUGGUGCUGGUGCUGGUGCCAGUGGUGGCAUUGGUGCUGGUGCUGGAGCUGGAGCUGGGGCCGCAAGUGAAGGUGCUGGAUCUGGUGGUAUGGGCUCUCAAGGAGGUGCUAAAGGAGGUAUUGGAGCCGGUGGUGGUUCCAGUGCUGGUUCCAGUGCUGGUGGAAGUGGAAAGUAAAUCGCUAAUGUUCAAACUCGAACCGAAUCGUUUUGUUUUCUCCUCGACCUAACAAACUAAUCUAAAUGAUCAAAUUUCGAGCAGAAAUCAAUUGUAUCUGUAUCUCUGUUACUAAUGGUGAAAAUUAAAAUUAAUAUUACAUUCUAA